GGCGGGAGGGCGAGGGGGACGCAGAGAGAGAGCGAAGGAGUGAUCGAGGUGGGGGGGCGCCGCGGGAGCGGGGGGCCGUGUCCAGCGGAGUUAGCGGCGGAGAAUGUGAGCCGAGGCGCGAGCCAUGCUGUCAGCGACGGCGGGCGGCUCAGGGCUCCUCCACGACUCCUCUCCUCAGCAGCCGGGCGCCCGCGUCGCUGCCACCGCCGGAAGACAGACGUCCCCCCAAACCCCUCGCCUGGCUCGGACCCACGGAGCCGGCAGCCCAGCACUCCGAUGGGAGCUUGCCUGAUUGUCAACCCAUCGGCCUGGACCCCAGAGCCCACCCAGCUGAGCGUGUGCAGAGGGCCGUUGCAGAGACCACCCUGGAGAUGCUGAUGAAGACAGGCCUUUCCUGCUGAGCCCGGCCUAUCUGCGCAGCCUGCUCAGAAAGGGGAACUGAGGCUCAUGGAUAUACAGUGAGUCCUACCUCCUAGCCUGAGGACUCUUCCCUGCGCCUUGAUGACCUGAGAGAACUGGGAGGAGAAAGGGGUUGUGACAAUGACCAGGACUCAGGGCAGAGGUGGAAACCAGAGUGCCUGAUGUGUGCAGCUGCUGACCCCCCAGGACACCUCUCUACCGGAGUCUGUGGAAGCAGAGAACUGGGAGGCCAAGGAUUGGUAUGAAGAAUUAAAUGAAACGAUGCCUGGACAGCUUCCAGCCCAGUACCUGGCGCGCAGUAGGUGCUCACUAAACCUGAGCUGCGAUGGUCCUUUCCAGGCGCUGUCCACGCCCCGAGGCCUGGGCUCAGGCCGAAGUUGCUCCACAGCACCCCCAGCUGACAGCCAGCGACUGGCAGAGCCCCCAGGCACGGGGGCCCUCUCUCUUCCAGAGAUCUCCAGUGUGACAGCCCAGGCGACAGAGCCGAGGGUCCUGGUCCCGGCUUCUCGCACCCUCAUGUCAGCCCCGGCCCCGCCCGGCGGCCUGCGGAGGACAAGGUCAGGAUGCGUGUGAAGCCCCAGGGCCUGGUGGUGACUUCCAGUGCCGUGUGCAGCUCUCCUGACUACCUCCGGGAACCCAAGUACUACCCCGGCGGCCCCCCCACCCCCCGGCCCCUGCUUCCCACCCGGCCCCCUGCCAGCCCACCCGACAAGGCCUUCUCCACCCACGCCUUCUCCGAGAACCCACGCCCGCCCCCACGCCGGGACCCCAGCACCCGACGCCCACCAGUCCUUGCCAAGGGGGACGACCCGCUGCCCCCACGGGCAGCCCGUCCUGUCUCACAGGCCCGCUGCCCCACACCGGCCGGAGACGGCAGCAGCUCCCGACGCUGCUGGGACAACGGGCGGGUGAACCUGCGACCAGUGGUGCAGCUGAUUGACAUCAUGAAGGACCUGACACGCCUCUCGCAGGACCUGCAGCACAGUGGUGUACACCUGGACUGUGGUGGGCUCCGACUGAGCCGCCCGCCUGCACCGCCACCCGGCGACCUACAGUACAGCUUCUUCUCCUCACCCAGUUUGGCCAACAGCAUCCGUAGCCCUGAGGAGCGGGCCACCCCACACGCCAAGUCGGAGCGGCCCAGCCACCCCCUCUACGAGCCUGAGCCUGAGCCUAGGGACAGUCCCCAGCCUGGCCAAGGCCAUAGUCCCGGAGCCACGGCUGCGGCCACGGGUCUGCCCCCAGAGCCUGAGCCAGACAGCACUGAUUACUCAGAACUUGCUGACGCCGACAUCCUUAGUGAGCUGGCCUCCCUCACUUGCCCAGAGGCCCAGCUGCUAGAGGCCCAGGCCCUCGAGCCACCAUCGCCUGAGCCAGAGCCUCAGCUCCUGGACCCCCAGCCCCGCUUCCUGGACCCGCAGGCACUGGAGCCGCUCGGGGAAGCUCUGGAGCUGCCACCCCUGCAACCUCUUGCUGAUCCUCUGGGGCUGCCGGGCCUGGCUCUCCAGGCCCUGGACACCCUGCCUGACUCCUUGGAGUCGCAGCUGCUUGACCCCCAGGCACUCGACCCCCUGCCCAAGCUGCUUGACGUCCCAGGUCGCCGUCUGGAGCCCCAGCAGCCCCUGGGGCACUGCCCACUGGCCGAGCCCUUGCGCCUGGACUUGUGCUCACCGCACGGGCCCCCUGGGCCUGAGGGUCACCCCAAGUACGCCUUGCGGCGCACUGAUAGGCCAAAGAUCCUGUGUCGCCGGCGGAAAGCCGGACGGGGGCGCAAGGCAGACGCCGGACCCGAGGGCCGCCUACUGCCCCUGCCUAUGCCCACGGGGCUGGUGGCCGCCCUGGCCGAACCCCCACCACCACCGCCUCCUCCACCCCCUGCCCUGCCAGGCCCAGGCCCGGUCUCAGUCCCAGAGUUGAAGCCGGAAUCUUCCCAGACCCCAGUGGUCUCCACCCGCAAAGGCAAGUGCCGGGGCGUGCGGCGCAUGGUGGUGAAGAUGGCCAAGAUCCCCGUAUCGCUGGGGCGGCGGAACAAGACCACAUACAAAGUGUCUUCCUUGAGCAGCAGCCUGAGCGUGGAGGGCAAGGAGCUGGGCCUGCGCGUGUCGGCUGAGCCCACCCCGCUGCUGAAGAUGAAGAACAAUGGGCGGAACGUGGUAGUGGUCUUCCCGCCCGGUGAGAUGCCCAUUAUUCUCAAGCGUAAGCGCGGCCGCCCUCCUAAGAACCUGCUGCUGGGUCCCGGCAAGCCCAAGGAGCCAGCUGUGGUGGCGGCUGAGGCAGCCACCGUGGCAGCAGCCACCAUGGCCAUGCCAGAGGUGAAGAAACGACGGCGGCGGAAGCAGAAGCUGGCAUCUCCCCAGCCAUCCUAUGCAGCAGACGCCAACGACAGCAAGGCCGAGUACUCAGACGUCCUGGCCAAGCUGGCCUUCCUGAACCGCCAGAGCCAGUGUGCUGGACGGUGCUCACCGCCCCGCUGCUGGACACCCAGUGAGCCGGAGUCAGUGCACCAGGCCCCCGACACCCAGAGCAUCUCCCACUUCCUGCAUCGCGUGCAGGGCUUCCGGCGGCGUGGGGGCAAAGCAGGCGGUUUUGGUGGCCGGGGUGGGGGCCAUGCGGCCAAGUCAGCCCGAUGCUCCUUCAGUGACUUCUUUGAGGGCAUUGGCAAGAAAAAGAAGGUGGUGGCCGUGGCAGCCGCUGGGGUCGGGGGCCCUGGCCUUACCGAGUUGGGGCACCCACGCAAACGGGGCCGGGGGGAGGUAGACGCUGUGACUGGGAAGCCAAAGCGCAAGAGACGGUCCCGGAAGAAUGGGACUCUGUUCCCAGAGCAGGUGCCCAGUGGCCCAGGCUUUGGGGAGGCAGGUGCUGAGUGGGCCGGGGAUAAGGGUGGUGGCUGGGCCCCUCACCAUGGGCACCCAGGCGGGCAAGCUGGCCGAAACUGUGGGUUUCAGGGGACCGAGGCCCGGGCCUUUGCCUCCACUGGGCUGGAGAGUGGAGCCUCAGGCCGUGGCAGCUACUACAGCACGGGCGCACCCUCAGGCCAGACCGAGCUCAGCCAGGAGCGCCAAAACCUCUUCACCGGCUACUUUCGCUCGCUGCUCGAUUCGGAUGACUCCUCCGAUCUCUUGGACUUUGCCCUCUCAGCCUCUCGCCCAGAGUCCCGGAAGGCAUCAGGCACCUAUGCAGGGCCACCCACCAGCGCCCUGCCUGCCCAGCGGGGCCUGGCCACCUUCCCUAGCCGGGGAGCCAAGGCCAGCCCAGUGGCAGUGGGUAGCGGCGGGGCUGGGACGGACCCCUCCUUCCAGCCUGUCCUGUCCACACGCCAGACCUUCCCACCAGGACGGGCAGCGAGCUAUGGGCUAACUCCAGCCACUUCAGACUGCCGGGCGGCCGAGACCUUCCCCAAGCUGGCUCCCCUGCCCUCAGCCGUGGCCCGCUCACCUACCACCCACCCGCCUGCCAACACCUACCUGCCCCAGUACGGCGGCUAUGGGACUGGACAAAGUGUAUUCGCCCCAGCUAAGCCCUUUACAGGCCAGGACUGCGCUAACAGCAAGGACUGCAGCUUCGCCUAUGGCAGCGGCAACAGCCUGCCUGCCUCACCCAGUAGCGCCCACAGCGCCGGCUAUGCCCCACCGCCUACCGGGGGCCCCUGCCUGCCACCAAGCAAGGCCUCCUUCUUCAACAGCUCUGAGGGGGCCCCCUUCUCUGGUUCAGCCCCCACGCCCCUGCGCUGUGACAGCCGGGCCAGCACAGUCUCGCCCGGUGGCUACAUGGUGCCCAAGGGCACCACAGCCUCUGCCACCUCUGCAGCCUCUGCCGCCUCCUCCUCCUCCUCCUCCUUCCAGCCCUCGCCCGAGAACUGUCGGCAGUUUGCGGGGGCUUCUCAGUGGCCUUUCCGGCAGGGCUAUGGAGGCCUGGACUGGGCCUCAGAGGCCUUUAGUCAGCUCUACAAUCCCAGUUUUGACUGCCACGUCAGCGAGCCCAACGUGAUCCUGGACAUCUCCAACUACACACCGCAGAAGGUGAAGCAGCAGACGGCUGUGUCAGAGACCUUCUCCGAGUCGUCCUCCGACAGCACCCAGUUCAAUCAGCCGGUCGGUGGCGGGGGGUUUCGGCGUGCCAACAGCGAGGCCUCAAGUAGUGAGGGCCAGUCGAGCCUGUCCAGCCUGGAGAAACUGAUGAUGGACUGGAACGAGGCGUCAUCUGCCCCCGGCUACAACUGGAAUCAGAGUGUCCUCUUUCAGAGUAGCUCCAAGCCGGGCCGUGGACGGCGGAAGAAGGUGGACCUGUUUGAGGCCUCACAUCUGGGCUUCCCGACGUCCGCCUCUGCCGCUGCCUCAGGCUACCCAUCCAAACGGAGCACCGGGCCCCGGCAGCCGCGAGGUGGACGGGGCGGUGGGGCCUGCUCAGCCAAGAAGGAGCGGGGUGGCGCAGCGGCCAAAGCCAAGUUCAUCCCCAAGCCACAGCCAGUCAACCCACUGUUCCAGGACAGUCCUGACCUCGGCCUGGACUACUAUAGCGGGGACAGCAGCAUGUCACCACUGCCCUCACAGUCGAGGGCCUUCAGCGUGGGAGAGCGAGACCCCUGUGACUUCAUAGGACCCUACUCCAUGAACCCGUCCACACCUUCCGAUGGCACCUUUGGCCAAGGCUUCCACUGCGACUCACCCAGCCUGGGUGCUCCCGAGCUUGAUGGCAAGCAUUUCCCACCGCUGGCCCACCCGCCCACGGUGUUUGACGCCGGCCUGCAGAAGGCAUACUCGCCCACCUGCUCGCCUACACUGGGCUUCAAGGAAGAGCUGCGGCCACCGCCCACAAAGCUGGCUGCCUGCGAGCCCCUCAAGCAUGGGCUCCAGGGGGCCAGCCUGGGCCACGCAGCUGCAGCCCAGGCCCACCUGAGCUGCCGGGACCUGCCGCUGGGCCAGCCCCACUACGAUUCCCCCAGCUGCAAGGGCACAGCAUAUUGGUACCCUCCAGGCUCAGCUGCCCGCAGCCCGCCCUAUGAAGGCAAGGUGGGUACAGGGCUGCUGGCUGACUUCCUGGGCAGGACGGAGGCCGCGUGCCUCAGUGCCCCUCACCUGGCUAGCCCACCAGCCACGCCCAAGGCCGACAAGGAGCCACUGGAAAUGGCCCGGCCCCCUGGCCCACCCCGUGGCCCUGCUGCAGCCGCUGCUGGCUAUGGCUGCCCACUCCUUAGUGACUUGACCCUGUCCCCCGUGCCGAGGGACUCGCUGCUGCCCCUGCAGGACACCGCCUACAGGUACCCAGGCUUUAUGCCCCAGGCGCAUCCUGGCCUGGGUGGGGGCCCCAAGAGCGGCUUCCUGGGGCCCAUGGCGGAACCUCACCCCGAGGACACAUUCACCGUCACGUCCCUGUAGUGCCAACUGAAGUGCCGACUGGACCGCGAGGUUUUGUUCCUGGCUUUCAGAAAACCAACGCCAAGAUCCCUCCCAGCGUCCACAUCGUCCUCUGGCAGGAGCGCCUCCCCCCUCUGCCUCCCACCCUGCCCCCUACACCCCCUGCAGACCCAUCUCCCUCCACCCCCUCCCGCCCAUCUCCUCCACGCAGAAGCCGAAGGUGAGCCCUUUCUGCACAAAACCAGCAAUUGUAAAUACUUUUUAAAAAUGUACAAAACUUAAAAACAAAACACAGUUUUAGAAAAAGACAAAAAAAAAAAGAGAGAGAGAGAGCGAGAGAGAGAGAGUGUGCAAGAGGUUGCGAGCGGGGCCCUGAGGUGUCCAGAACCCCUGCAAGUAUGCACUGAGAAAUUUAUCUACAGGUCGUUUGACAAAAAUGAACAAUAUCCUAUUUAUUGUAUAUACUGUUUUAUUAUAAAUCGUGGAUUGUAUAUUGCAUUCUGUAAACCUGCUGUGGUCCCGUGGUGUGCAAAUUCGCAUGGUAGGGGGGAGGGAGAAGAACCUCUUGCGGGAGCUUUUUUUUUCUUUCUUAUUUUUCACUCUUUUGGGUUUUCUCUUCUGUUGUUGUUGUUGUUGUUUUCUGUUGGCAGGACACACCCAAAGAUCCAAGUUUGUAUUAAAAAGAAAUGAAAAAAAGCAAAAAAAAAAAAAAAAAAAAAAAAAAAAAAACCAGUCUUGUGUCUUGUGAAAGGGGGAGUGAGGGUGGAGGGAAUGGAAGGGACACCGCUGGGUUUUGUCACCAGCUACUGGUUCUCCAGAGGAGUUGAAAUACCUACAUGUGUUCCUGGCCACUGAGUUCUCCCUUCUGCCUGAGAUCUGGGUCACCCUUGCAUCUGGGUUCCCCCUCAUUUCACUCCAGGCCCUGGGUCUCCCCUGCCUCUGAGCUCCCCACUCUGCUGCCGAGGACAUCCUGGCCCUUGAUCAUGCAUUCAGUCCUAGGUCCAGGGAUUCUGCCUCUUGGACCUCCAUUUUGUCCUAGGUCCUGGGUCUCCUCUGACUCUCCCUAUAUUCUAUCCCAAGUCCAAGGUCUCCCCAAAUGCUGGGUUUCCUCUCCCUGAGGGACCUCCAUCAUGGGGCUCCUGCUUCUGGACCCCCUUAUUCCAUCGAAGGUCCCAGGUCUCUGCCUCGGGUCCCUCUGUGUGUCCUGUGUAUUCAUGGCCUUUGGGCCUCACAGUUCUACUCUGGUUCAGGGACAUCUCUCUUGGCGACACUCAUUCCGUCCUAAGUCCAGGAGCCCUCAUGGGGCCUCCCUUUCCCACUAGGAAUGGAGUGACCCCCGACCCCCGUCUAUGUGUCUCCCAUUUGCCCCAGGUCAUCAGUCUUCUCUGCUUCCAGGCCCCUCAUUUUACCCCAACACACCCACAUCUGCUUAUGCAGAACCUGGGAUAUGACCAGGCCAGUCACCCCAGUGUUGCUCUGCCCUCCCCUGUCUGUCUACCCUGAACCCCAAAUGUUUCCUCCCUGCUUUGGUCAACUUUGGAAAAAGAAGACUCCUAACCCUGUGCCUGCGUCCGGUGGGCCUGGAAGAGCUGAGCUGUUUCCUGAUCCCUGACCUUGGGGACCUCUUGGGUGCCCUUGCCCAAAUGAUGCCCACUUUGGCCUCCCUGGUCUUUGGGAAGCAGUUUUUCCCAUAGACCCAUUUUAUGUUUAAGUUCUGCUGAGUGUGGCUUCAUGUCCCUCCUCAGUGAAGCUCAGGGAGAAGCCAAGGGAUAGUGCCACGGGGCCUGCCCUCCCUGACCCAGCCAGCUAGGCCCUGGCCUCAGGAGAGUCAGAGGAGCCCGUGGUCUGAGGAGGAAACACACCUUCUGGGCACACCUGUCUGGAAGAGGCAGGAGGACUCGGGUCACAGUCCCCUGAAACUAGCCUCUGUGCUGGAAGCAAAAGGCUCAUCCACCCACCAAGCCCCCUCCCUGCAUCCCCCAGACUCAGAGAUGAAGACAUGACCCUGUGCUUCCUGACUGCUGACUGGAAAGACAACGCUAUGCUCAAGCUAACGAUGCAGUAUGGAGCUGGAAGUGGGGGCAAGAAGCAGUGAGACCCCCUGAGAGUUAGGGAGGAGGGCUUCUCUGAGGAGAAAGCUUCUACAGGGCCAAGCCUGAGGUGCUGGGCAGAAAAGUGAGGAGUUCCCGGAGGAGGAAGGGGAUGUGCAAAGGCCCAGAGAUUCGAAAGGGUGACAGGAGGCAGGAGCCACAUGCAGUUAGCUCUGUUGGGCACACUCUGUGUUUGGGGAGGGGAGAGGGUUUUGGCAGCGUCACUCUGGGUAGGGUGGAGGCUGGCUGCAGCGGGUGGGCAGUAUCAGAGAAAGCAGUGGCUGAGGCUCAGAUAGGCCAACCCCAGAGAAACGUGUUCAGCCCCAAGAAUCAGCUGCAGGGAGAAAGUGCCUGUGUUCAGCGGCUGCUGAGGAAGAAGAGACUCGGGGAGGCUGUCCAGGUGGGGCAGGCCAGGCCCAGUUGGCUUCAAGGGAAUCAGAGUGGGGCCUGGUGAGUCUGCUGAGGGCUAGAGGAGUGGCGGCCCAGAGGAGGUUUCGGGGAGGGGAGGAGAUAGUGGUGGAUUGCUCAGUGGAAGGGACUGGGGCUCAACAUGAGAUAGGUCUUGAGAAGGGGAGGAAGGGCAGUGAAGGGUUGUGGGCCCCAGGGCUCUGGAGCUGGGGCAGAGAGAGGAGACCCAGGAAAGAAAUGGGAGUUUGACGAGUUGAUUAUGGCACAGCGAAGGGGCUCCUUAACUCAAAGGGAAGAUGGGAGUUCACUAUGAAGAGAGGGGCACAGGGAGAGGGAAGUGAUGGGAGGAAGGCUUGGUGAGAACAGGGGCUCCAGAGAUGGGAAGGGAGGGGCAGCAAGGGAAUGGGCGCUCAGGGAGGGGAGGGGUUUCAGCCUAGGGUCUGCUGCUUAGUAAGGGCUGAGGGAGGCCGUGGUGUAUUUUGGAGACCAGACUCGGGAGAUGGACCAGGGCCUCUGGGAUGGAAGGUUCUCUGUGCCCUUAGGUAAGGGCAGCAGAGACCCUGCACAGUGUAUGAUGCAGGUUUGGGGCACACCCUGUUUUGAUCGGUUCUUUUCAGAGGUCAGGGCCCUACCACCACCCCAGUGCCACACAUGAUCCCAGAAUGCAUCAAGGCAAUGUGGCUCUCAGAUACGUGGGUUUCGCCAUCAUUUAUUAAACACUUCCCUGAGGUGUUUAUUCUUCAGAACAAUCUUUGAGGUAGAGAAAGAUGCUCACUUGGUUUACAGAUGAGAAGACAAGUUCCCAGACAUAGAGUAAGGGACCGGUCCAAAGUUCACAUGGAAAGUGGCAGAAGUAGGUUGGCCUAGGCUUUAGGCCCUUCCUUUAUUUUUUUCCCCCUUUUUGUAUUUUUCUUUUAUUUCUGCUUUUUAGAGAUGGUGUCUUGCCAUGUUCCCCAGGCUGGUCUCAAACCCCUGACCUCAAGCAAUUCUCCGGCCUUGGCCUCCCAAAGUGCUGGGUUUACAGGUGUGAGCCACCACGCCCGGCCUUUUUUUCUUUGUUAAGUUUUUUUCCUGCCUGGCGCGGUGGCUCACGCCUGUAAUCCCAACACUUUGGGAGGCCGAGGCGGGCGGAUCACCUGAGAUCAGGAGAUC